UCAAGCAAUUGGCAAUUUCAAGCUAGUGAAUUUUAAAAUACUUAUUCUAGUCAAAAAAUAAAGUCGCAAUUUUCAUGAUGACAUAUUGAUAAAUAUUGACAAUUUCCAUGGUCCAAAUAAUAAAACAAAUAAAAGUAUAAAAUUGUUAAACUGCAGUCUGUACAAAAUCUUGGAUAUCAAAGUACGAGCUUAUCAAAAUCUAUAAUGGAGCAAUUAUCGUGUAAAGAUGAUAAUUUAUUACGUGUAAUUUGUGAUGUUGGAGAAAUAAAAACAAUGAAAGCAACUGUUACAUCUUGCGUUGAGUCUGGAAUAAUUGUUGGCCUAGCAACGACAAUUGGUGCUCUAUUAGCUGGUCCAAGAGGAAUAGCACUAGGUGCUGCUGCUGGUGCUGCUGGACUGACAAUAUUUAAAGGUGGACAAUUUAAAUCAGUACCAGAAAUUCUUAAAAAUGACACGACUAUUGAACAAAAAAUAAAAUUAACAAGUGCUUUUCGAAAUUUACUUACUCAAGAAAAUAUUAUAUCCGUUGCUGAUUUUGCCUUGAGAGCAUCAAAUGAUGGCAAUAUAAUUAGCCUGCUAAUAACUCUUGUUGUGAAAUUUCUACAAAAUGAAAUGAAUCGCAGGAUCAUGUAGAAAAAUCAAUAAUAUUCAUUAGGCAAAUUUAUUAUAAAAAAAAUUAUAUUAUUUUCAUAACGUUAUAAUGAAAACAAUAAAAAAAAAUAUAUAUAUAUCAAUCGUACUAUUUACUAAAAAAAACAUUGUGAUAAAAUUAUACAAAUAAAAAAAAGGAUCUGCAAAAAAAUGAAUUUCGCACUAAACAAUAAAUUAUUGUGUACGUUUAUAUUUAUAAAAUUAUUAUUUAUCAUUAUAGAAAGCACAUGAUCUAUAUUUAUCAUAGAUAACUACAAAUAUUUUUCAUGUAAUUUUCAUUUUACAUAUAUAUUUUCAUUUAUUUUAUUCGCAUUAAAUACAUUUUUUACACAUUUGCAUACGGCAUACACGCACGCAAAAAAAAAAAAAAAAGAAAAACUAUUUGAAAUAAGUGAAAUAAUAAAAAUUGUACGUACAUAUAUAUUAAUUAUAAAAUUAGAAUUAUAUCUCACUAAUUUGUGUAUUAACACAUAGAGUAAAAUAUAUAUAUAUUCAUCUAUAAUUAUUAUUAUUUUGUUGUUUUUUAUUUUUAUUAAUCUUCUCUUUAUUUUUUUUUGUGUAAGUCAAUUUUAAUUAUAUGAUUAUUAUUAUUAUCAUUAUUAUUAUUAACUAAUUGUGCAGGCAAAAAUAAUCACAAUAAGUAACAUUUUUCAUCAACUCUGGUAUCCUAGAAUAUAUUUUUUUAUUUAUUUUUAUAGUUACGAGACCAGAAAAUAAAAUGUCUUGUUUUUUUUUAUUAUAUUAUUAUUAUUAUUUAUGAGAUUUCCCUGCCUGCAAUUCGGAUUUUGCUUUUUUUUUUUUUCAUUUUUAUGAAUUUUUUUUUUUAAAAAUACAACUACAAUUACAAUAUAUAUAUUUAUAUUUAUAUAAUAGCCGAAAAAAAAACUAUUGAAAAAUAGGACACUUGUGUGAGAUUUCCAUUUAUAUAAUAAUAUGUAUUAUUUGUACGCGUAUAUUUUACAUAAUAUUAUUCAAACAACCAUAAACAUUAUUAUUAAUUUAAAAAAAAAAAAAAAAGAAAUUUCAUCAACAUGAUACAGUUUUUUUAUUAAUGCCAAUUAUAAUAUAUAAUAUUCAAUUUCGACGCGUACAUGCAAUUAUUUCUACAAAAUAAUGCAUAUAUAAAUUACAUUUAUAAUUCAAAUAUAUAAUUAUUUAUAACAAUAACAAUAAUAAUAAUAAUAGCGAUAUUAAUAAUAAUAAUAAAAAUAAUAAUAAUCAUAUUAUUAACAACAAUUAUUCUUUGUCACAUUUUGGUUGCAGAUUCUUACAAUCACAAAUAUAUAUAAUAUAUUUUUAAUAAUAAUGCCGAAGUAAUAAAAAAUAAUAAAUCAUUAAGUAAAACGCAUAAAAUUUAUGUCAAUCACAUAUUAUUAUGAGUCAUAUAAUGGAGAUGAAAUUUAAAAUGAUAAUGAUGAUUAUGAGGAUGAUGAUAAUUAUGAUUUUAUCAUUGAUAAUUAUUAUUAAAUUAUCAGGUAUUGGAAAUUAUUUUAUUUUUUAUUUUUUUUUCGUUUUUAUUUUUAUUAUUAAUUUGUUUAAUUAAUCGUUUCAACAGCCAGUGGUACAGUUAUCUAUACCCAUGAGGUACCUACGUAGUUUUUUUUAUAUCAUUCACUGAAUAACCAAAAUAUUAUUAUUUC